AAGAGAGAGGAGGGGGGCUGAGAAACUGAAACCUAAGCUUUCUGGACUCUAUUUUCCAUUCCUUCAGGCAUUCUGUGGCUUGUAAAAAAUGCACUGUAUAUUUGAAGUGUUGGAUCACGUGACAGGGAGGGUUUGUAAAUCAAAGUGCAUAAUGAUUUCAGUAGGGGAGAGAGAGUGAGUGAGUGAGCAAUCAAGGGAGAGAGAGAGAGAGAGAGAGAGAGAGAGAGAGAGAGAGAGAAAGGGAGAGGAAGGCAGAAUGCAACAGGCUGUGCUUUAUCUUCGCUCUGAGAGGGACUUCUGACUGAUGAACUGAACUCUACUACACAUAUCUCAAUCCACUCUCUUCCUUCAUUCGUCCAUCUGUGUUCCAGACCCACUGCAGAGCUGAGAGCGUGGAUCUGAGGCAGUGUUGCCCAGGCUUGGUGUCUCGUCUUUGGGUCCCACCUCAGCUCAUCACCCUUCCUCAGCCCUGUACUCUCCAGGCCCGCGGGACCAACCCCAAUAAGACCACUGCCUGAGCGGGACAGUGGACAGGAGCUAUCCUGGACCGGAAUUAUCCUCUCAACGCCAUGGCAACCAAUAGGGAACGGCAGGUGGGUCACAUGACUGGCUUUUCACCUGCUGUCUACCCCUUUGCCUUCAACUCCAUGAGGAGCCACUCCCCCUUCGACCUGCUGGCCAAUAGCAGCCUGUUUGGACGAUUUGGGGCGGACCUACCGAAAGAGAUGGCUGCAUUGUCAGUAGAGACACAGAGCACCAGCUCUGAGGAGAUGGUGCCCAGUUCACCCUCUCCACCCCCUCCUCCCCGAAUCUACAAGCCUUGCUUCGUGUGCCAGGACAAGUCCUCUGGAUACCACUAUGGGGUCAGCUCAUGUGAGGGCUGCAAGGGAUUCUUCCGGCGCAGUAUUCAGAAGAACAUGGUGUAUACCUGCCACCGAGACAAGAACUGUCAGAUCAACAAGGUGACACGUAACCGCUGUCAGUACUGCCGGCUGCAGAAGUGCUUUGAGGUCGGCAUGUCCAAAGAAGCGGUGCGUAAUGACAGGAACAAGAAGAAGAAGGAUGUGAAGGAGGAGGUGGUGUUGCCGGAGAGCUAUGAGCUCAGUGGAGAAUUGGAGGAGCUAGUCAACAAAGUCAGCAAGGCCCACAAAGACACCUUCCCCUCACUCGUCCAGCUGGGCAAAUACACUACAAACUCCAGUGCAGACCAUCGUGUGCAGUUGGAUCUGGGGCUGUGGGAUAAGUUCAGUGAACUUUCCACCAAGUGCAUCAUCAAGAUAGUGGAGUUUGCCAAGCGCCUGCCAGGCUUCACCACCCUCACCAUCGCUGACCAGAUCACACUCCUCAAAUCAGCCUGUCUGGACAUACUGAUGCUGAGGAUCUGCACUCGCUACACUCCGGAGCAGGACACAAUGACCUUCUCAGAUGGGCUGACCCUGAACCGGACCCAGAUGCACAACGCAGGCUUCGGGCCGCUCACAGAACUGGUGUUUGCCUUUGCUGGCCAGCUGCUGCCUCUGGAGAUGGACGACACAGAGACCGGCCUCCUCAGCGCCAUCUGCCUCAUCUGUGGAGACCGUAUGGACUUGGAGGAGCCCCAGAAGGUGGACAAGCUGCAGGAGCCCCUCCUGGAGGCCCUAAAGAUCUACGCCCGCCGCAGACGCCCCAACAAGCCCCAUUUGUUCCCCCGUAUGUUGAUGAAGGUCACUGACCUCAGGGGCAUCAGCACCAAGGGUGCGGAGAGAGCCAUCACUCUGAAGAUGGAGAUCCCAGGCCCCAUGCCUCCUCUGAUCAGGGAGAUGCUGGAGAACCCUGAAGCCUUUGAGGACAGCAGCGACUCUGGGGACAGCGCCUCUGCCACCGCCCCGCCUGCCAUCCAGGCCAUCAAGAGAGAGAGGGAGGAGGAGAAGAGCCUGGAGGAGGAAGAUGAGGAGGAUGAAUGGGGGGAUGAGGAUAGGGAGAGAGGGGCGGACAGCGAUGGGGAGCCUUGGGGGGAGGCUGCAGUGGCAGCAGGGGGGUCCCAGAAAGGGGCGACUGGGAGAGCCCAGUGAGAGACAUAGUGAUGCACUCUGACCCAUACACAACACCUCCUGCUCCACUACCCUCAGACAGACCAACACUCCAUGUCCUAGCACACCAAGUCAUCUCCCUACAUGAGCAGCCCAUCCUGUAACAAGGGUCUUUGCCAAGACGUAACAUUCACCUUUGCUGUUACACUACCCCCCCCAUACAUUUACAAAUAUACACACAUACACCACAUACAUACUGUAUACCCAUAAUAAUUCCCUCUUUGCUCUAGAUAGACAGAGAAGUAAAGGCUGCAUCUGUAUUGAACCUACUCUGACACUCCAUGGUGAAACGGGCCCUUUCUAUAGGAACAGGUGGAACAUGUAGUCCAGGAAAUAAGAGAAGAGA